AGUAGUAGUACUACUUCCUCUACUACGCAGUAUUUCCAUGUACUCCGCUGCCUUUGUCCUCAGUGACUGUGUUUUAGGGGCUCUCCCCGAAGGUGUUCUGAACGGUCAGCUGCUGUGGUGGGAGGGGUUGAGAAGGAGGAAGGGGACGGUGGGAGCGAUCUAAGCAAGCCAAAAAAAGCUAUCCGUCAUGUCCACCUCUCCUCUGAUGCCUCCAAAGAGAAGCUGUGGCUCGAGUCCAACACCGCCUCAGGUGAAGAUGAUAAAGAUCGGCAGCCCUUCAGAUGGCCACGAGUUCAGUGCGGGGUCCGUGGAGGACAGAUACAGAAUGGCGGAGGAGUCCAGCCACUCGCCUCUUCGCAACAACGAGCCUGACACCUUUGACUUCGAUGAAGAACCUCUUGCAAGCCAAGGCAUCAGAACAGACACCAUCAGCCUCCUUAUGAAAAUAGAGCAGCUGCAGGCGCAGCUCAAAUACGAGCGCAGAUGCAGGAUUUUGGCCGAAAGGGAGCUGAGGGAACUCAAAGAGAUGAACACACUCAUGAUGCAGAUGAGGCACACGGCGAAUGAACUCCGAGUAACUUUGGAUCACGUUCUUCACGGAGGUGAGGCAGCGGUGGAACCGCAAAACCGCAACGAAGCCGUGAAUUUCCCGAGCCACCGUGAAGUGCAUGUGGGAGGAGUCCACAAUAUCCCAGAGGAAGACUUUGUGUAUCUUGCUGAGCAUAUCCGAGUGCCCAAAGACCUUUAUGAGCGUAUCGCAGACAUGUCUGACUUUAAGAAGUACGUCGGCGCUCUGCUGAUGAUCAUUUUCGACAGAGACACUUUGGCCACACACUGUCUGCAGGGCCGGAAAAACAACUUUACAGGAGAGGAUAGCCACAAGCCUCCUCUACCACCUGAGAUUUUAAAAAGCCUUAUGGAUCACGUUUCCGAAAAGUUCGCCGUGGACUCCACCCAGAUUAAAUACGCCAUCCGCACAAAGCUGAACAACGAGGACAAGCUGCUGAAGAAGAGGUUGGGGCUGAGCAAAGCUGAAAGCAGAGCAGCUGUUGAUCAGACCUUCUGCCAAGAUGCUUUGCUUCUGCCUGGAAAUGACACAGCGCCAAUUGACUCUGAGUUCUAGCGGUUGCCGAUCUGCCGCUCUGUCGCUGUCUGAUCUGAAGUGUUGCCUUUUUUUUUUAUUUAACCAAAUGACACGUUCUACCAUUUUUUACUUUGAUAGCUCUGUGUUGCAUAUUGAGUGUCUGCAAGAUUGAUAACAUUAUAAAAUGUUGCGUGUAUACCCAGCAUCUGUUGAGGUGAUUGUGUGUUGUGGUAGAGUAGAAACAGAACGACAUUUAAUCUCUCUAACUAGUGUACUUUGUAUGUGUACACACAGGUACUUUUCAUCCUGUUGCUGUUUCUGAUUAUCUGUGCAAAAAGUGAUGUAUUUUUUAGUUUUUAUUGUUCACAGUCAGAGUAAGUAAUAAUCUCUCUUUCCUCCAAAUAAUCUGUUUUUCAUGUAUUUUUCCCCAGUUACUGUCAUUUUUCUAUAUAAUCAGUUAAAUAAAGCACAGUAUGUUCACUUCA